UUCCUGCUAAAGAGAAGCCUCUGUUAUAAAUUAACGCGGUUUUUUGCUAUAAUGCUUUUUUUCCUCUUUUUCUUUUUUUUUGUGUGUGUGUGUGAACGUUCCAGGAUUUGAAGUGGACACUUUGAUUAUAUUAUAAAGACAGUAAGAAGCUAUGGGUUAUGACCCGGGCAUUAAUGAAUUACAAAGGAUGAGUCAUUUUCCAAUGUGAAAGAUGUAAAUCCAGUAAAUAGAAGAUCUGGUUAAGAGUAAGACUCAGGUUCUGAAGCAUUUGAGCAACUUGCUACUGCCCAAGUCAUGACACUCCCAUUUCGAAAAGACUUGGACAAGUACAAAGAUCUUGAUGAGGAUGACAUUCUCGGCAAGCUGUCCGAAGAAGAACUGAAACAGCUGGAAACAGUUUUGGAUGAUCUUGACCCUGAGAAUGCGCUUCUGCCUGCAGGCUUCCGACAGAAGGACCAGACUGCUAAGAAGGCCUCGGGUCCUUUUGACAGGGAACGACUCCUUGCAUUUUUGGAGAAGGAAGCUCUUGAGCACAAAGACAGGGAAGACUAUGUGCCUUUUACAAAAGAAAAGAAAGGGAAAAUAUUUAUCCCGAAGCAGAAACCUGCCCAGUCUUAUGCAGAAGAAAAAAUUGCUCUUGAUCCAGAACUGGAGGAAGCCUUGACAAGUGCCACAGACACAGAGCUAUGUGACCUUGCAGCUAUACUGGGAAUGUCCAACCUGAUAACAAACAAUCAGUUCUGUGAUAUUGUAGGAAGCAGUAACGGGGUUGGCAAAGACAGCUUUUCAAAUAUAGUAAAAGGUGAAAAAAUGUUACCUGUUUUUGAUGAACCACCAAAUCCCACAAAUGUGGAGGAGACUCUGCAAAGGAUUAAAGAUAACGAUUCCCGUCUUGUUGAAGUUAAUCUAAAUAACAUCAAGAACAUACCAAUUCCAACGCUGAAAGAAUUUGCAAAAGCUCUAGAAACCAACACACAUGUGAAGAAUUUUAGCCUUGCAGCCACCCGAAGUAAUGAUCCUGUUGCUGUUGCUCUUGCAGAUAUGCUGAGAGUAAACACAAAAUUAAAAAGUUUAAACAUAGAAUCAAACUUCAUCACCGGAGUUGGAAUUUUGGCACUGGUCGAUGCACUGAAAGACAAUGAAACACUGACAGAGAUCAAAAUUGAUAAUCAGAGGCAGCAGCUGGGUACUCUUGCAGAAGUAGAAAUUGCCAAGAUGCUUGAAGAAAACACCAAGAUCCUUAAAUUUGGAUACCAUUUCACACAACAGGGACCUCGAGCCAGGGCAGCUGCUGCUAUCACAAAAAACAAUGACUUGGUUCGCAAGAGAAGGGUGGAAGGAGACAGCCAGUAGAUCUUGCUAGAACUGUGUGAAGAUUUCAAGGGUCUUCAAAGCACGCUCCUCACGGUGGGCUUUGGCAAUCUUGGACUGCAUUUACCUGGGUUAGAAGGGAAAAGACUGGAAACCCCAUUCCUUUUAAAGCAAAGCUAUAUUAAUAAUCUGCUGGUAUGCGUCACGUUUUUCAUAACCACACCAAUCCAUGUACAGAUCCAGUUUUUGAUUGUUUUUGUUUGUUUUUUUUUAAAGAACUUUUUUGUAUUUUAAGAUCUUGGCUGUGCUUUCUACUAAAAAUGUAAUCGCGAAUCAAUUGUAUAAUUGUCUGUAGUCAAAGAAUGGGACGUUCAGGAUCACUGGGCAUAUAAUGACCCAACUGAAAUGUUAGAAAAUCUAGGGGUGCUCAUUUACAUGAAGGGGUAUGUAUGUUCUUCAGAACAAUGCUUUAGUGAUGGAUUCUUCACACAAUAGUUGGACUCAUUGUUUAGAGCUGUUCAUCCUUGUUCAUAUGCACUGAAGGGAAAUCUUUCACAAUUGUCUUACUGUAUUUUUUUUUUGUUUUGAUUUGUUCUUGAUACUGUGAUUAAGUGUAAACAUCCCUUAAAAACAGGCAAAAUAAAUUGACUUUUCUUCCAAGAGAUCUGAGGGACUAAUGAAAAAAAAAAAAAAAAGUGGGAGCCUUGCAAAAAAAAGAAAAAGUAAAAGCCAUGCAAAGUGGGUUUUUUCUUACUAUGCUUAAGUCCUAAAAGUCUUUUAAAAUGUCCCAGAAUUAUAACUUGCUCUGUGUCUAAACUGGACACUUUAAGACUAUCAUGUGCUCAUCAGCAUUUAGUUUAUAGCUUUUGUUUAAAAGUUCUUAUCUACAUGCAUAACUAGUAUGAAUUUCUCUAGAAGUAGUGGACAAGCUUUUUUAAAUUUGCCUAAUUUUGUUCAGGAGAAACAACCUUAAUUAUACAAAUCAGUGUCCUAAGUUUCUGGCAAACAGAAAAUCCUUUUUUACAAGCUAUUGAAUUAAAUUGUUAAUGCUUCAUAUAAAUGUAUAAGUUUUCAUGAAACAAUGAAGUAACACUUUCUCGAAAGGCUUGAUGUUUGAAACACUACGACUUCCAGAAAUUAACUAAUGUGUAGUGUCAAAUUUGCAUAGUACAGUACUUAUUCCAAGCUGUGUAUCUAUGCCAACUAAUAAGGACACAAGAAUCACUUAAAUUUCUGUACAUAAUCAAAGUGUACAUCUUGGAAAUAAUGAAAAUCUAGGGGCUUUCUGCUGUGGGCCUGUUUGGACUGUACCAUACCGAGCUUACUUAAUGUUGUCAUGAGACCAUAAAUUAACAAAAUACUCUGAAGGACAGCUCAAAUAUAUUUAUGAGAGCUCAACUGACAGCCAUUUUCAUCAGAAGAUCAUCAUAUGGUGAGCUUUUUAUAUAGAGGAAAUGUAUAGGACUGAAACUUUUUUUGCAUCACGUUGUAAGUACUAUAAAAAUUAAUAGAGCAAUCCUCUGACACUGUGCCUGUGUUAUAAUUUCCUGCAAAUGAUGUCUUGGAUUUCAGACAGACUUUAUUCUGCAGGUGGCUUCUAAUUUUACUGCAACUGUACAGCACAUUCAAAACUAUGGUGCCUUCAAUGAAGAUAUAUUUAACUGGUUUAUAACUGUGGAAGAACAUAUUUUUCCUGUUUCAAAAUUGGCCUUUUAUUGACUAAUUACAAAUAAAUGUGUGCUCUGAAAAGCUGUUGGAAUCAAUUCUAUUAAAACCAAAGACUUUACAGAGUGUAAGUUUGAAGCAACCAGCAGUAAUCUGACUAGCAAUAAAAAAAGGCUACUUUUGGUUUUGGCUUUUAUGAAUUGUCAGGAGCUUCCCAGAUGUUAAAUUUGAAGUGCUUACAUGGUAUGGAUAAACUCACAAGUUAAGUGGUUUUGGUUUUGUUUUUUUUCACAGAUAGAUGGAGCGAUGUAUAAACAUGGUCAAAGCCUGUAAUGUGCUCAGUUGCCUAAAACUUCUCAUUUGCCAAGCACCAUAAUAAUUUUGUGUCAAAAAACAGUCUGUAAUAUUUUCCUUCUUUUCUUGAAGGGCUGCAUGUUCAUGAAAUCUGUUCACGUGUUGUGAUUCUGUGACAAUUUAUUUUGUACUGUCAAACAGGGCUAUGCACUUAUGUCCUACUUGAAGAUGAAGGAGAAAAAUGAAUGGCUGGAUUAUGGAAAUUAUAGCUGAAAUCUCCUCUUUAUUACUUUAUAGAAUCAAGUUUAGCUGCUUCAUGGUUAAUAUUCCAAUCAAAGGUAGAGGCUUCUAAAUUGUAACUCUUAGGAGUCCUGUCAUAGGCAAUAGUAGAGGACCUUUCUUAACUGGUUGACUGCUAACAAUGUUUGUUGGCCCUCUCAGGGUAGGUAUCUGACAGUGAGCAUAGAAAACUUCCCCUCAACUGCUGAAAGAUGUUUGGCAUGGACCAUGGAACAGUUAAGACAGUUACAACACUUUUGUACCUACAGUAUAUGUAACCAUUUUGGAAGAAAUUAAAGAAUUCAGUCUGUA